GUAAUUAAGUGUUUAAUUCAAACAUUAGGAGUGUAAUCUAUUUAUAUCUAAAUUUGUUAAAUACAUAUAAUUGUUACUUAGUAUUUAGAAUUUAUAAUUGAUCAUGUUACAUAUAUUGGAAAUGAUGAAGUCUUCAAGAUUAUUAAUUAAACAUAGUGUGAUUCAAUACGCACGUGGAUUAACAAUAAGCAAUACACGGUCAGGAAGUAUUGAGAAACUAUUUCCACAAAAAGAUGAGUUUCAAGUUAGACACAUUGGACCGCGAGAAGAGGAUCAAUUAGAAAUGUUGAAAACAAUUGGUUAUAACUUAUUACAAUUUUAUAGAGUUUGGAUGAAUUAACAAAAGCAGCCAUUCCAGCCAAAAUUCUUUAUAAGGAGGAAUUAAAAAUUGAAGAGCCAAUUACCGAGUAUGAAUUAUUGAAAAGGAUCACAAACAUUUCUUUAAAGAACGAUAUAUGGCGUUCAUAUAUUGGCAUGGGAUACUACAAUUGUUGUGUUCCUCACACCAUCUUGAGAAAUAUAUUUGAAAAUCCAGGAUGGACAACACAAUAUACACCAUACCAGCCAGAGAUUUCACAGGGUAGACUUGAAGGUCUACUGAAUUAUCAAACAAUGAUAUGUGAUUUAACAGGAAUGGAAGUAGCAAAUGCAUCUCUCUUGGACGAAGGCACAGCUGCAGCAGAAGCUCUAGCCCUCGCUUAUAGAAGCAAUAAAAGGAAAAAGUUGUUUGUUUCCGAUAAAGUUCAUCCUCAGACGAUUAGCGUGAUCGCUACACGCGCUACUUCUUUGGGUCUCACUUUAGAAAUUGGUAACGUUUUUCAAAUUGACACCAGCGCGAAGGAUAUCGCUGGAAUACUUGUACAAUAUCCAGAUACAAUUGGAUCUAUUUACGACUUUCAAGAUAUUGUAAAGAAGGCACACGCAGAUGAUACACUUGUUUGUGUAGCUACCGAUUUGCUCGCUUUAGCAAUACUUCGGCCUCCAAAUGAAUUUGGAGCUGACAUAUGUGUCGGAACUAGUCAACGCUUUGGUGUGCCGCUUGGAUACGGAGGUCCUCACGCUGGAUUUUUUGCGUGUCGGCAAAACUUGGUGCGCUUGAUGCCUGGUAGAAUGAUUGGUGUUACGAAAGAUGUGAACGGUCAGGACGCGUACCGUUUAGCCCUUCAAACACGCGAACAGCACAUUAGAAGAGACAAAGCUACUAGCAAUAUUUGUACUGCUCAAGCAUUGCUAGCAAACAUGUCAGCAAUGUAUGCAGUGUACCAUGGAUCUAAUGGAAUAAAGAACAUAUCAAAUAGAGUACAUAACUUGACUCUAACUCUUGCAAAAGGUUUGGAGAAUGUUGGGAAUAAAAUAGAAAACGAGUACUUCUUUGAUACAAUAAAAGUACUGCCUAAGGCGCCUAUAAAAAAUAUAAAGGAAAAUGCGACUGCGUUUAAGAUAAACUUCAGGUACUAUGAUGAUGGGGUUGGUAUAUCUUUGGACGAAACCACUACAGUACAAGAUGUAAAUGAUAUUUACAAAAUAUUUUCCGCGAACAUAACAGUCGAAGAUGUAUGCCAGAACGAAUUUUCUAUGGACAGAAAUCUGAAUAAGUCAGAUUUUGUUCGCACUACACCGUUCUUGCAACAUCCCGUAUUUAAUAGUCAUCGUUCUGAAACAAGAAUAGUUCGUUAUAUGAAGUCUUUGGAAAAUAAAGACGUGUCCCUUGUGCAUAGUAUGAUACCAUUGGGAUCCUGUACAAUGAAACUGAACUCCACAACAGAAAUGAUACCUUGUAGUCUACCAGGUUUCACGGAUAUUCAUCCUUUCGUUCCUAUCGAGCAAGCCAAAGGAUACCAGCAGUUAUUUGCAGAACUCGAGGAGGAUCUUUGUGCCAUAACUGGUUAUGACAACAUAAGUUUUCAACCAAAUAGUGGAGCUCAAGGAGAAUAUGCUGGCUUAAGGGCCAUACAAUGCUACCAUGAGUCUAAUGGAAAUAAACAUCGACGAGUGUGCUUGAUUCCUAUCUCUGCCCACGGUACAAAUCCAGCCUCUGCUCAGAUGGCCGGAAUGCAAGUAAAGCCUAUUCUGGUACAAAGGGACGGUUCCGUGGACAUUGCACAUUUAACGGAAAUAAUUAACAAAUACCGAGAAACAUUGUCUUGUUUGAUGAUAACGUAUCCAUCGACAAAUGGUGUGUUCGAAGAGACGAUUAGUGAUAUUUGUUCAAUGGUUCAUCAGGCUGGAGGUCAGGUGUAUCUAGAUGGUGCUAAUAUGAACGCUCAAGUUGGAUUGUGUCGCCCAGGUGAUUAUGGCAGCGACGUUUCACACUUGAACUUGCAUAAAACGUUUUGUAUACCUCACGGAGGCGGGGGACCUGGAAUGGGGCCUAUUGGAGUUAAACGGCAUCUUACACCUUUCCUUCCAACUCAUCCUAUAAUCAAUUGCUCGGGUAGUGGCAAUAAUAAUGUAAAACAAUCUGGCACAGUGUCGGCCGCUCCUUUCGGUUCAUCGGCUAUUUUACCAAUUUCAUGGGCUUAUAUUAAGAUGAUGGGUCCUAAGGGAUUAAGAAAGGCUACACAAGUUGCUAUUCUCAAUGCCAAUUAUAUGAGUAAAAGAUUAGAAAAAUUUUAUAAGACCCUGUACAAAGGAAAUACGGAAUUAGUAGCCCAUGAAUUUAUCUUGGAUGUAAGGGAUUUUAAGAAAACGGCAAAUAUUGAGGCUGCAGAUAUAGCGAAAAGAUUGAUGGAUUAUGGCUUUCACGCACCGACAAUGAGCUGGCCUGUAGCAGGCACGUUAAUGAUCGAGCCAACUGAAUCCGAAGACAAGGGAGAAUUGGAUAGAUUUUGCGACGCUUUUAUUUCUAUAAGGCAAGAAAUUAGUGAUAUUGAAAAUGGAAAAUUAGACACUGUUAAGAAUCCUUUAAAAAUGGCACCACACACUCAAGAACAAGUAAUAUCGAGUACAUGGGACCGACCAUAUUCACGGGAAUUAGCAGCAUUCCCGUCUUCAUUCGUGAAAGGAAGUAAUAAGAUUUGGCCAAGUGUUGGAAGAAUAGACGAUAUAUACGGCGACAAAAAUCUAUUCUGUACAUGCCCCCCCAUUUUACCAGACCAAUAAGCGUUUGUACUUAUUCAUCGUGUACAGUUAGUUAUAAUGGAACUAUUUAAAUAUUUAUUAUAAUUUUUGUACAAACAUAUUAUUUAUAUAAAAUAUUAUACUUUUACAAGCAGAUAAAAUAU